CCGCGGCUGUGGGCUCGAGGCGCGCAGCUCUUCCCCUCGGCGGUCUCGGCUCGGCCCCCCCGCGCCAGCCCCUGCAGAAUCGCCCCGACGAGAAUCCGCGCGCGAUGCCGCGAGGGCCCGACUUGACGCGAGGGGUCCAGCGCGCUCCUGUGGACGAUUCCGCCGAGGGGGCCCGGCGCCGAGGGCGCCGGCGUGAGCUCGUCGACCUCCCUUCGGGGGCUCACGCCACGAGGCUCGGCGCUGACGGGGAUCAGCCCAUCCCCUCCGGCCCGAGCCAGGUCUGGGAGCCACGCGGGCUCGAACCCCCCGUGCUGGCCAGCCACAACUGGGGAAGCUGUGGUUUUUCACCCCCCCUGGGGGGCCGCAUCGAUUUCGACACCCCUCUCGAGAGAACGUCGAUGCGAUGGGUUCCCCCAGGGGGGUGAAGGACCACAGCUCCCCCAGUUGCCGCCCGCGCGCGCGUCGACCACCUCACUGGCCAGGCCAGGCCUCGGGUUGAGCAGCGCCCCUCAAACGGGGACUCCACUAACGGGUACUUUGGCCAGUGACCCAGCGAACCCAGCCCUUCCCGAUGUGGGCAAAGCUGGCCGGCCGUGCCGCCCUCCGCUGACCCGGGCCUGGAAGCUGCGGAGCGGCCGGCCGGGCCUCGCGACAGGCCCUGGCCGACCCGUGCUCGGGCGGGCCCCGGCCGCUCGGCGCCCCUCGCCCGCGUCGCCCGAUGCCGCAGGCGUCCUGGCGCGCCCUCCUCGGCUUGGCGCGCGGCCGCGGGGGCGCCCGCCUGCCUCCCCGCGGCGGGUGCGCGGUGGCCGUGGCGGCGGGGGGCGGCGCCGGCUGCCUCGCCUGGUGCGACGCGGCCCCCGCGAAGAAGAGGGGAGCGGCAUGAGAUGAGAUCGGGGACCGGAGCAUGCACAUCACGAGCGGCUGGCUGCUCUUCAAUCCCAGGGCGGGCGCACGCUCGUGCCGCUCCCUCUUCUUCUCCCUCCGGCGCCGAGGGGCGGCCCGGCGGCGAUGCACCACGGCUGCUGGCGAUCCGGCGGGAGGCGGGCGGCGGGAACUGCACCCGCGCGCCCUCCCACGCCGAGGGCUGCGACCUCCUCGACCUGUCGGUCUACGCGCACGUGCGCAUCGACGAGGGCAAGCGCACGGCGACCGUGGGCGCGCGGGUGACCAUGGAGGACCUCUCCGCCGCGUGCCUGCGGCAGGGCGUGCUGCCGCUGGUGGUGCCCGAGUUCCGCAGGAUCACGGUGGGCGGUGCGGUCGUGGGUGCUGGCGUGGAGUCCUCGUCCGGCAGGUUCGGGGAGUUCUCCGAGGGCUGCGUGUCCUGCAGGGUGCGGUUGGGCUCAGGAGAGGUCCUCACGUGUUCGGACGCCGAGCACCCGGACCUGUUCCGAGCGCUGUCGGGGAGUUAUGGGUCGCUGGCCACGGUGUUGGAAGUGGAGUUGAGACUCCAAGAGGCCAAACCGUAUGUAAAGCUGCAGUAUCGGUGGUUCGACGAUUUGAGCGAAGCAUGCCGGUUUCUCGCAUCGGUCGCCACAACGAGCAUUUUCGCAGAGGGAUUAUCGUACCCGAUGGACAAGGGUUACCGGGGCUUGCCAGAUGUUACGAAGCGUCAUGUCGUCAUAGUUGCAGAUUGGGCUGACGAAGCGGGCGAUCCCCAUGCAGACAGAAGUACGAUGUCAAUAACGGAGUCGCAUGAUCUUUGGUUCUACGAGCACGUAUUCAACACACGAAAUUCCGAAGCCGAUCACACAGACGUUCUUAAGACAGAAUCGUAUCUGCAUCGACAUGAGCGGGGUGCUUUCUGGAUGGCUAGACCAGAGGGUGACAGUAGCAUUCCAUUAUCGCCUGCGGGGUUGUUGCUGUGGAUUCUGUCAGGUCCACUGCGCAAACAGUUUGACGAUUACUUCAAGACGCCUCACCUGUUCCAGCUGCUGAAGCUCGCUCCCCAGGCGAUCAUAGCCGAUAACUUCCUGAACACCGACAUCUACACGGACGUUGAGCUGGUGGAAACAUUGGUUCAUGAAGUACGGGGCAGUUCUCGCUUCGCCCUCAGAACCCCAAUGCGGGGGACGUCGAUGAAGGCCCAGCCCUUCUCACCAAACGGCAACUGGAGUUCGCCAGCGGCUCCGAGGGGCAAGGUCCUCAUCGACGUGGGCCUGUACGGCAGGGUGCGCGGGGGCGCGGGCGUCGAUGCCGCCAGGUUCUUCGAGGCGUGGGGGCUGGCCAACAACUCCAGGAAGAUGCUGUCCCGUGGCGCUGCCGCGCGGACCCGCCCGGGCGAUGGGGGGGACUUCGGCAGCAGAGGCCCAGGCGGCGGAUACUCACAGAACUACUACUCCGCGAGCGACUUCUGGAGACCUCCAGUGAUGUUCUGCCCGCGGGCGUACCGCCAGUUGCGCCAGAAGUACAAAGCGGAGGGGCGCCUGGUGGAUUUGUACGACAAGGUCGGCGACUCGACCAGCACUGUGGCUGUCUCCAGGCAGGGAGCCAAGUAUUGGGCCUGGUGGCUGCUGACGAAGCUGGUAUAGAGGGUACCAGUUGGAGUAUAAAAGGCCCUUUCCUCCUGCACCCCCCUCCCCGCCCC